UCUACGAUGGCCCAAGAACACGCUCAUUCUUCAGCCGUAGAGAGACUUUUGAAUUGUGAGGUACCAUUACGAGCUCAAUAUAUAAGAGUGUUAUUCUGUGAAAUAACUCGAAUUUCAAAUCAUUCACUUGCUUCAACUACUCAUGCUAUGGAUGUGGGAGCAUCAACUCCGUUCCUUUGGGCUUUUGAGGAGCGGGAGAAAUUGUUGGAAUUCUAUGAAAGAGUCCCGGGAGCCAGGAUGCAUGCCAGUUUCAUACGACCUGGUGGAGUGGCACAAGAUCUGCCUCUUGGCUUAUGUCGAGAUAUUGAUUCCUCCACACAACAAUUUGCUUCUCGUAUCGACGAAUUAGAAGAGAUGUCAACCGGCAACCGUAUCUGGAAACAACGAUUAGUGGAUAUUGGUACUGUCACUGCACAGCAAGCAAAGGAUUGGGGAUUCAGUGGUGUAAUGUUAAGAGGUCUGAAGUGGUGGGCCUACCCAUCCCAACCUGGGGUAUGCUGGGAUUCGCGAAGAGCAGCACCUUACGAUGUUCAUGACCAAUCGGAUCUUGACGUACCAGUAGGUACCAGAGGAGAUCGCUAUGAUCGUUACUGUAUCCGUAUCGAAGAGAUGCGACAAAGUGUUCGGAUCAUUGUGCAAUGUCCUAAUCAAAUGCCUAGUGGCAUGAUCAAAGCCGAUGAUCGUAAGCUAUGUCCUCCAUCACGAUCUCGAAUGAAACUAUCCAUGGAAUCCUCAAUUCACCAUUUCGAACUUUAUACAGAAGGUUUUUCCGUACCAGCUCCUUCUACCUAUACCGCAGUUGAAGCACCUAAAGGUGAAUUUGGUGUCUUUCUUGUCAGUAAUGGGAGUAAUCGUCCCUACCGUUGUAAAAUAAGAGCACCUGGCUUUGCCCAUUCACAAGGACUCGAUUCUAUGUCCAAACAUCACAUGCCAGCAGAUGUAGUCACCAUCAUAGGUACUCAAGAUAUUGUGUUUGGAGAGGUAGAUAGAUAGGACGUAGUCUUGCUCGAUCAGAACCCUAGCUUUAUUGCGAGCCAAAACUGCCUGAAAGAAGAAAAAUGGAAAAGGAUGAAAAAUGCAAUGGGAUUCCUGAUCCAAUAAGAAAUCCCAAUUCGGAGUUUGUUUGGAUCAAAUUCCUAUGUUAUACUAUUCCAUUCUCGAUGAUGAAUCGAUUUGAUAGAUCAGAUAUUGUUAUUCCAAAUAUUGAUCCGAUUCAGUAUCAUCAGAAUGACAAAAGCUGACAUAGUUACUAGUGGUUCGAGGAGAAAUCCUUUCAAUCAUCAACGCCCUUUUCUACUAAAACUGCUAUUCGUGAUACCGGUCAAAUCGACUAUUCUCAUCAACUUUGAGUCUCUUCCCUCUCGUAUGACUGUCAAAGUGGAGUUCCUUCUCUAUAAGAAGAGCUGGUCUAGAGUGUGAUUCGGAUCAAAACAAAUGGAUGAGCCUCGUUUUGCUGAAGCAAGUGUACGCUGCACUAAGGAGUCGAGUCGACUUAUCCGAACUUUCCUACCAAGUUCGAGCUCUUGCUCGCUCUAUUUCGUGAGCUGAGCUAUUUAUACCGAUAUAUACGAGUGAGAUGGAGAAAGACAAUGGUGGUAUUCCAUAGGGAGAUCCUGUGUUGGAUGAUAAAGAGGGUUUGCCUUUCGAGAAAGGGGCUUGGCUAUCUCCAUCUCCAUGUUAUAGGACGUAUCAAAUAUAUCUAUCGAUCUAUACCAUAUGGUGAGCCAACUAACCCCCACUCCAAUCCAAUACUUGCUAGCGCAGGGAAUCGAUCAUCUGUGGAUGUUCAGCCAAAGACUCUAGCCCCGGAUUCCGAUAACUUCUACGAUUCUCUCAUUAUUCAGUGUCCAGAUGGAAGGGAUGUUUGUUAUUCACUUCGGUCAGAAGAGGAAUUGACACUCAAGAGCACGCGUUUUAUGUUUGCAUUCCUAUUUGAGAGUGCCCCUCCCUCCUAUUUGGUUGGAAGUUUCCUGCUCAAGUUGAGAAAGCAAGGGCUGACCGGACUGCUGCUCACUCUUGCGCUUCAACGGCAGUAUUGUCUCCAUCUUUCGCCCACCCAGGGGUUAGGGGUAAGGGUUAUCUUUUGAAAGAAUCUCUUGUAUCAGCAGAUACGAGAAUCGGUCGUGCAUAUUAUCAUAUAGAAAUGUGAAUCGAGAUGCAUCUGGAUGAGAGUUUGGCUUUCUUUUGGGAAAAGCUGGAUUGUUUUCAGCAAACUAGCAAUCUGUGGAGAUGGCUGAUCUGUCCCACCUUGAUUGAUAGCGAUAUAGCCACUCUCAUUUCAAUGCGGCACAUUGAUACCAUCAUUCCAAUCUUCUAUCGUCCGUGCUAAAUACCAUGAAAUUAAGUAGCUAAGGUCUAGUGGACCUAUUUAAACAAGGAUAUGCUGAUCCUUCUCUGUCGACUUUUCCACUAUCAACCCCCAAAACCCAACUCUGCCUUACGUAAAGGAAAUUAGUACGAUUCACUUCUGGAUUUGAAAUCACUGCUUAUACCUGGUAUUGGGCAUACAAGAACAUUCUGUAGUAUUAGUAAGAGGAGGAAGGGUUAAGUAUCUUUGAACUCGGUGUGAGAUAUCGCAUUAUUCGAGCUGGAUGCAGUCGCAGUAAAGAAUCAUCAACAAGGGCGUUCUAGUGCGUUGUAGAUUCUUAUCCAAGACUUGUAUCAUUUGAUGAUGCCAUGUGAAUCAAGCAACAGGAGAAGGACCCAAUAACGAAAGUUUCGUAAAGGGACUAGAGCAGACUACCAUGAGACAAAAGAUCUUCUUUCUAAAGAGAUUCGAUUCGGAACUCUUAUAUGUCCAAGGUCAAUAUGGAAAUUCUUUCAGAGGUUUUCCCUUGAAGGGAAAGCAUUAAAGGAAUCCCCUCACUAAGCUGGAAACGGGGGAGUGUGGUUUUGCCAAUCUGUGGGCGGAUCUCUUUCUGAUUUGAGGAGAAGUCCUGGUGGGUUUGGCUUCUUUCUAUUCUUCAGCACCAGGAGGGAGAGGUUAACAUGACUCGUGAUACUAUGCAAGAACCUGUGGGCGGUUUGCUAGUAGAUAGCCAAGAUGAGACAGUAGAUGCAUCUCAACCAAUGGAGUGGCUGCCUACAAGGAUCGAUCCGCCGGUUAUAGGGUCACAGGGACUGCGUUCCAUGGUACCAAAAGCACGUUCUAGGUGAUAUUCUCGGCUCUAUUCUAUACACCUCUCUUCCUUUGCAUGCAGGAGUGCAUCCCUCUCGGUCUCAGGGCUUGCUCAAUCAACCAGAAAAGAAGGCUGAGGAAAGUUGUUUGAUUGACCAUUGGUUUAAAAAAUGCGUAGAUGGUUUGCUAUGAUGAGGUCCCGGACCAGAUACAAAGCUGCAUAAAGUAGCUACUUCUUACUAGCCCGACUCGGCUCUGCGAGAAAACGGCUGCAGUCCUUGGUUUCCUAAACGGCGGCUACCUCCCAGAGAUCAUUAAUAGAACUGUUAUUGUUUUAAUCCCAAAGGUGAGAUCCCCGCAGGAAAUAUCUCAGUUCCGUACAGUACUGGAUGAGGUAAUUUCACAAACACAGAGUGCUUUUGUUGUACCCGGCCGUUUAAUAACGGAUAACAUUCUGGUGGCUUAUUAAUGCAUUCACUCAAUCAAAAAUAAGAGGUCAGGGCCGGGGCUUUGUGCAGUAAAGCUGGAUAUGCAUAUAAACGUAGACACAUUAGGAGAAUUGGAACAGGAGAGCAAAUUAACAUAUGGAACGACCCUUGGGUUCCAGGAAGUCCCAAUAGUAAAAUCACUACGGAAAGGGGAGGUACACUUCUCACAAAGGUAAAUGAGUUGAUUGACCCUGCUUCGGGUACUUGGGACGAGCAGCUAAUCACGUCAAUUUUCAAUCCAAUUGAUGCAAGAAGGAUCCUGUUAAUACCUAUGAACUAUGAUACCUUUGAGCACUUUCUUGCUUGGCACUACUCCAAUGAAUGAACUUCCAUUCGGACUGUGCCGGGACCCCACUGGAGUGAGCACUAUUAGAAACCUGCAUAUUUCUCGGGUCCUGUACACCCGUUAAAGGGAAAUCAACAUUUCUUGCCACUGUUUUUUCCUGAACCACAACCACGGAAGAAGGUUGAAGUAGUUAUAGUGAUUGCCUGCGGAGAGGGGAAGAGAUGAAUAAAACGCGACUAUAACAAGCUUUCCUGCUUGGCAGGCUCCCACCAGAGAGAGAUCCAAUUUAAGUUUUUCUAGAGCAAGCUGGAAGCGUAGACCCAUACCUUGUACUCUCAUUCUUUCGUUUUAGCUAGCCAUAAUGGUAUGUGCUUUGAAUGAACUGCCCUAGCAAAGUAAGUCUUUAACAAUAGAUAGGCAUAAGCAUUAUUAUUAUUAUAUAAUAUAAGGAGUUCUUCGGUAACGAUUAAGUACUUGAUAGCUUGAUCAGAGUUUGCACUACUAGAGCUGCAGGCUUUACUAUCCUUUCUGACAUGUCUCUCCUGAUAUGAAGCAUAUGCAUUGAUUCUAAGCAAUAGGAUUUCUUCUAAUCUUCUCGUUGCAAGCAAUAGGCUUGAUUCUCCUUGCUUGCUAUAGGUUCUCUUUAACAACUACUUGAUUCUUGCUUCAAAGCACUACUUGCUUAACAACUAUACAAUGUACUUGGUUAUGAUCUUAUUUUAGGCAUUGACUGGUUGUCAAGUUUUGGUCAAAUGACAGUUGACUUGGAGUAAAGGAAUGCUGAAACUCAAGCAUAAAGGCAAGCAAGUGAUCUUACAAGUGCAAGAUGUCACAGCUGAACUGAAGGUGUGCCAGGGAACAGUUGACUUGCACAAGGAAAAGAAGAAAGGAAGCCAAGUCAUCAUAGCUCAUCUUUUCACUUCACAAGGCGCUCCGCGUUGUUUGUUUUGAAAAGAGAGGGGCGAUAGGUUUCUGGUUGCAAGGAGGAGUUUAAGCAAAGCAAGAGAUGGGUGCUUAGAAACAAGGGCUGCUGGACAAAGUAUUCACAGGUAAGCUCAUAGGCAAGUGAUGAGUACAAAACAUGGAAAGGUCAGUAUAGCUUGAACUACGUAGUAAGGUUUAGUACAAAGCAUGAUUAAGUCACGGUAACUAAGUACCGGUAACGUUUAAUAGAUAGAAGUAAGUAACAAGUACCGGUUUAGCACAUAUGGGUCACAUAGGCAUACCGAUAGGAUAAUAGGCUUGUACGCAAGGUCAAGUAUAGGCUAGAGAGAAAGACCGGUAUAUGCUUAUGUUGAGAAGAAAUGCAUUGUUUGAUUUCCGAAGCAAGUAAAGGCGCGCAGCGAAAGGCAUGCAUGUUUCAUUUGCAGGUGCUGCCGGUCCAGGGCUCUUCGGCUGAGCUUACUAAAUAAAAGAAAGCACGGCCUGGUUUAUGGGAAUCGUAAAUAGACGAAGUGGUGUUUUUUCCUUUCCUUGAGGAUCUAUGCUUUUCAUGGCUCUCUUUCUAACGUGGAUGACAGGUUUCAAACAAAUAGUGGAUCAGUUUCUUCAUAGCCUUUUCUAAGUGCUUUUCGUUGCCUUCUUCUUAUCUUUAUGUACCCAGGAAAAAGAGAAGAAUCUUCACCAUUACCAUCACCAGUAUCACCUCCAAUGGUUGGCGUCCCUUUAAUUGUCAUUUAGUAGUAGAUAGGUUUGUUGAGGACAUAAUCUCCCGGCCUUAUUCAUGCAUGAUAAAGGUAGCCUUUCAUAGUCCAAAGCCUUUGUGUGCUUUUGUAUUGAACUCUUUUCUACAACGUUGAAGGAUUGCCUUACGGGAUUAGCAAUGGCUUAAUAAAAGGAUUCAAAAAGGGCUUCUCUUAGGUCCCAUACUAGAUGACCACCCGGAACUGGAUGUACUCGUACUAGAACAUUUGGUGAUUACCCACCGGGACUUCCUACUAAGUAUUUGACACUUCCAUCAAGAAGAAAACUAUAAAGUACUCAAUCAAUGUGAAUAGCAGGAAUGGUACUUGCAAAAAAACAUAUAGGACCAGAGAAAUGGGAACGAGGCUGACCUAUCCAGGUAGUGAAGUCUACCUAUGCUAAAGAGCAAGUUCAAUAUUUGGUUCGAGUAGCCAGCCCAUUUUCAGGAGUGGCUUAUUAUAGUAUUCUGCAAAAUCAUACGAACAAAGAAAGCCUAUUUUAGGAGUCCACCAUAUCAAGGGAAAGGGAGAUCAGGCUUGGCCUUCGCUUUGCUUAUUCAUCUUUCUUUCUUUGCUUUUGAAUGACUUGAUGGGUCUGGAUAAUAACAAGAAGAGUCAAGGUAGCGAAAGUUGCUAUACUCUAGUAGCUGGCGGGGCUAGUGCUAGUGGUGAAGGAAAUCAAAUGGCAGAGAAGACACGGAUUCAGACUUCUUUUUUUAAAUAGCCCUUGGUGUUCGUAGAUCGGUUUUGCCAGUUAGGGUUUGUGUGGUGGGUUUCGAUGAUCUCGGGUAGCUCCUCACUUGGAUGAGGAGUGGGGAAAGAAGAUUGCGGGAGAGAUCGGUGAAGAAGUGGAACUAAAGGAUACUAUAACCAAAGCUUAAAAUGGGGGGGAUGAGGCUGAUGUUGAGCCGGGUGAUGAAGCAACUUCACCGCAGCAAGAAGCCUAGUGAGCGGUUGACAUGGCGGAAGGUCGUUCUACCUUUCCCUGUGCCAACAAAGCAGGCAUACUUGAUUGACUCUUUGGGGCUCGUGAGAGACAUUCAUAUUACUGCGUUCUGUGAUCGUAGAUCGUCAGGAUUCAUCAUUGUAUAUCCGAGAUCUGAAAGUGUGGCAAAUGGAUUUGAAGGCAUGGAAAGAGGCCGCCCUCGUGCAAGACUUCUUUAUUCUCCCGAUUUCCCUCCUCCAGUUGGAUUGACACGAAAGUCCAGUGAUAACGUUGAAGUACUUUAAAGAGUCCCUUUCAGCCCCCGCUUUAUCAUAGGAAGAAGAAGAGUAAUCUAGUUUAGGGGUAAGUGCCCUUUUGUUGCCAAUAUCUAGAGUCCUGUUGUGUCGAUAGAGCUCGGAAAACUCCUCUUUUAGUGAUGGAUUCUAGUAGCCCUAUGCCUAGAUUGCACAAGAACUACUCCGCUUCUAUAUUGGAAAACACUGUGUUUGAGCUUCUGAAAAGAAAUGAAGCUGUUACCUGAUCCAAGCAGAUAAGAUGCUCACAGCCUGUCCUGAGCACUACGGAGAUAUUUCUUGAUCCACAUGAGAGUCAGCUCCCUACACCUACACCGGAUUAUGUCAAUGAGAGCUUGCCAAUAGAGAUACUUCUGACUUAGAGGCACCGGAGUUGGCCAACUCAAAUUGCAUUGACAGCGAACCCUUGGUAGAUGAUUCAGAGCAAGAUCAGAUUCUUGAUGAUUUUUCCCUUUGUUUGAUCGAGCGAUGCCGAAUCUUUAUAGCGCAUUUCCACCUAUCCAUGCUUUACGACUUGUCGCCAUGAAGCACAUGCCUGCGAAACCUUCUUAUUCUACAGAAUAAAUAAUAAAGUACUUAGAAUGAAUGGACUAAAGAUCCACUUUUCAAAAGGGACGGCUCCGCCUACAUGUGAAGAUCUUUCAAGCGAAAAUAAUGGGUAGCCAUGAGAAAUCUCGAUCGGCGACUCUGAUACCAUGAUAUCAUUGGUCGAAGAAUUCCUUGCCUCGCGGGACACGUAAAGAGACCUACCCACCACCCUUGUGCGUGCGAACCUGACAAGAGAUGCUGAUGCCAGCUACACCGCGCUUUCUUUCCGACCGACCUACGUUCAUCGAACGGUUCCACAGAUGGUUUGGUUUUUUCCUGUGUAUCGCCCUCGUGAUAAUGGUAUACGCGGCCAAGGGUUAAUAGGAACAGAGACAGCAGAUAACGCAUUCGGUCAAGAUGGAGAAAGGGCAUCCCUUUCGUCUUUGCCUCCCGACCUCUGGUCACAGCAGCUUAGCAAUUUUUAUGGCUUGCUUCCAUUCUUACAAAAAUGAUGUUGAAUCGCGUAGUUGCCUUCUUGUAAUUAUGAUUCUCGCCAUCCUUCAACUCUGGAUCCGCCAUCCUUCAAAA